AUAGCCCUCAUUCCUUUGGGAAUUUGCCGCCAUGACACUGCAGUGGUGGCCAUGGCUGUUGACUCUGCUGCAGAUCCUUCAUGGCCUUGCGAUGGUAUCUGAACCUGACCUUCAUCGAUGGAUUCCAUACAUGAGACCCAGGGCAAUGCACCCGGGAGAUCUCCAAGAACUCGUGGAACAGUAUCGAGUGGUGGUGUUGAUGACCACUAUCCCCAAGCGCAUCGAGUACAUCGAGCCCGUGAUCGAUUCGAUGCUCAGGCAGACGUGGCCUGCCAGUGAGAUCUACAUGAGCAUUCCCUAUGUGUACAACCGCACGGGCGAAAGCUAUAAGAUCCCAGAGUGGAUGCAGGCGAAACCCAUCCGUCUCAUGCGUUGCGAAGACUUGGGCCCCGGCACCCACCUGCUGAAUGGUCUGCGAUUGGAAGAGGAUCCCUGGACCUUCCUGGUGGUGGUGGAUGACGACCACAUCUAUGGUCACCAGCUGAUCGAGCAGCUGAUGCGCAGCGCCUUGGCGAACCCCGGCAGUGCCGUGGCGGCGCAGGGCUUUCUGUCGGUGCCCGGGAUCUUGGAAUCGCAGGAACUCACCGCACUGCAGGACCAAGGCGUCCAGAGACCCCGGUACCUGCAAGAUCAAGGUUUUCCUGCAGGGCCCGUCUUAGUCAGCUACCUCGGUGUGGUAUACCAGCGAGGAUUCUUCGACGAACGAGUCUUCCAGUAUGACCGAGCCUGUUACCAAUGCCGCUACCAGGAUGACAUGUGGUUCUCCGCCCACCUGGCUUCAAAAGGCAUCAAACGCUUCGUCUUGGGAGCUGCGUUGGGUGUUCAGGAGCUGACAGAGAUGCAUCUGGGCCCCGAGUCCUUGACCAAGUGGCCGGAGAAUCGCCCGAGAAACGUGAGCGACGAUUGCAACCAGUGCCUUCUGCAGAAGCGCUCCACCAAGCUGUGGGCCUUCCGGCGGCGUGUGGUGCUGGCGUUAGCUGGGCUACCGUCUGCCGCAGGGCUUCCCUCAGAGGUGUCUCCAGAAUGGGAGUCUGUGCUUGCGAGCAUCAAGAGGCUUUCCAACUGGCCGGACCUCACCUAUCUGUGCACGGCUGGUUGGGAGGGCUCCAGCGGCUUCAUCCUUGGGAAGUCCUUCCUGUUGAAUGAUAUCUUGGUCACGGGCUCCACAGCCUGCGAGGCCCAGGGCGACGCCCGGAUCUCCCAACUGCUGCGGGAUCUCUUGCUGUGGGAAGGCGAUGCCAACACAGUUCUGGUGAUGGGCUCCCUUGAAGACUUGCAGAAAGGAGAUCCGGAAGACUUUUGGGCAGUGGCGGAAUGUGCUGCCAACAUGUACGAUUUCCACGUGCAGCAAGCGGAUGACGACGAACGCGCCUUGCGUGAGGCCGAAGACCAAGCAGCCUCCAAGCAGGAUCCAAAGGAGUUCCUGGUGGAAAAGUUCGGCCACACUGGCGCAUUUCCUGCUUGUUCCCAGAUCAUCUCGAUCCAUUUGCCCAUGUCAGGUCACUUGAUGCUCAACAGUCGUUUCCGGCAACGCCCUUUGGAGCUGACCUCUGGACUGGGAGAUCAGAUGCCCAGAAGGAGUCGUGCCGCCUCUGGAGCCCAGACGUGGCCAUACUGCCGGCUGGGCAGCUGGCUUGCAGCCAGCGUGGGUGCUUUCAACGAGAUGCCCGGCUGAGAUCGAGAAAGCCUGGUGGACACGUUGUGCUGACGAAGGGAUGUUCGAGAGGAUGACCUGACCCUGGUGGACACGUUGGAAGGUCCAGUAGAUGACGAUGGGAACAAAGCGACUCAGAUGCCCUGGAGAACCAGGAUUGAAAAGGGCGUGCCUGUGUGGGCAGGGUGUUG